GGUGUGUGUGUGUGUGUGUUUGUGUGUGUUUGCGUGUGUCUGUGUUUGUGUGUGUGUGUGUUAGCGUCUGAACUGAACUUUAAGGGACUCCAGCAGCAGGUCCAUAAGACGGACACACACGCACACACACACACACACACACACAUACACACACACACACACAGACAGAGAGAGAAAGAGAGACAGACGUGCGCGAGCGCUCGCUUCCUCCCGACUCCACUGCUGUCCUUCAUCUACACGGAAGUGAGAAAAUAUGGCGCUGAAGAAGAAAAGCCAUGUCACCUUUCACCAUGCUACCUGCCUCACUACCCGCUGUGUCACCCAGGGUCAAUUAAUAACCUUUAGCCAGAAAGCUAAUUAGCCAGGUCUGGAUUUUUUCACGAGUUAAGAGCAAGAACCAUAUGGAAUUCACUUAUGGACGUGAAUUAUCAAUGUGUGGAUACCAUUAUCCAGACCUUCGACAUCAGGUGACAAUACUAGAAUACUCCAAUGGAGACUAAGACAAACGGUCAAGUCAAUAAAAUCCUGCAAGACCAUGCCAGCUUAAAUUUGACAGCAUACUUAAAUGCAUCUCUUUCCCUCCACCAUCAUGUGAACAAUGCAGUGCUGGGGAUCAUUCUGGGCAUGUUGUGUCUCCUGACAAUCAUCAUGAACAUUCUGGUUCUUGUCGCUGUGAGGAAAGAACGUACUUUACAUACCGUGGGGAACCUUUACAUCGUCAGCCUCUCUUUAGCAGAUCUAAUAGUUGGGGCGACUGUUAUGCCACUAAAUCUUGUGUAUCUACUUGAGGAUGAAUGGAAACUUGGUCGCGUCGUGUGUCAGUUUUGGUUGGUAAUGGAUUAUGUAGCUAGCACGGCCUCCAUUUUCAAUUUGUUUAUCCUUUGCUUAGACAGAUAUCAGUCUGUUAGGCACCCACUGAGGUAUCUGAAAUAUCGAACACGAGGAAGAGCGACACUGAUGAUUUGUUUUGCUUGGCUUCUCUCCAUGAUGUGGAUUAUUCCCAUUCUGGGAUGGAGGAUGUUUGCUAAUGUUGACCGAAAACCUGAGCUAGAAAGCAAGUGCGACACGGACUUUCGCUUCGUCACAUGGUUUAAAGUGCUGACUGCCAUUCUCAACUUUUACAUCCCGUCAUUCCUGAUGCUAUGGUUCUAUUCGCAAAUUUUCAUAGCUGUGCGAGAACAUUACAAGCAGUGGGAGAGCGUCACUAUUGCUAAGGUGGUGGCAGAUGAAGACAUUAAUGUGCAAAGCUUAAGAAAUCAGAGAACUUUCUGUAAAAUGGCAGAGGAAGAUAAUCUGGCCUUGCAGACUUACUCUCAAAAGGAAGACAUGUUGGAUCAGUAUACUUUGGAGCAGCCAUACAACUCAAGGGACACCAAUGAGGAGAACGGCGAGUCCGGACGUGGUAAAAAUCCCCAAAACAGGAAGACCUCAUUUUUUAAGAUUACGAAACCUAAGAGGAAAACUGUGAGGGACCCUCAUGAGGUUUCCUCAGUAAACCAGGAGGUAAAUUCUGAAACACCUUCAAAGGAUCCAUCUUUACCUCUGGGCUUUUUGCAACAUGAAGAGAAUGCAGAUCUCAAGAUGUUUGUAUCUGUUACCGAUUGUAACGUAUUAGUGCCGAAUUCGGUUGCUAAUAUUUGUGAGAUAAAACCCAGCACUGAUGUUCACAAACACAUCACCAUUCUCUGUAACGAUGAUGCUAAUACACAGUCACCUGUAUCGCAAGGGUCGUGGAUGCACAACGAUGGUCCGAUGAUAGAUGGUAGCAACACUAUGACUUUGAGGCAAACGUGGCAGAAAUUCUGCGAACAGUCCAGGCAGUGUGUCCAGAACAUGCGCAUUCAUAAGGAACGGAAAGCGGUGAGGCAGUUGGGCUUCAUCAUUGGAGCUUUCAUGGUGUGCUGGAUCCCAUAUUUUAUCACCUUCAUGGUCAUGGCGCUGUGCAACACAUGCGUCCAUCAUGACCUCCACAUGUUCACUAUAUGGCUGGGUUACAUCAACUCCACUCUGAACCCCUUUAUUUAUCCACUUUGUAAUGAGAAUUUCAAAAGAGUAUUUAAGAAGUUCUUUCGUAUCAAGCAGUAAUUUUUGUCUGUAAAGAUUGAAAGUGUAGCAGCUGUGUACGUCUUUGUAAACUCAGUUAUUUUGCCUCUGCAUGUAUAACUGUGUAUUUUUAAGGGUUGUAGACUUUGUUUGGACUAUUAUGGUAUUUUAAACACCUAUGUUAAUUGGCUUAUAUCUUUGGUGCUGACCAGUGUUAUUGUAUGCUUGUAAUCUGCAUCAGAUUAAUACAUCAGUACAAAUACUGAUGGUAAAUGUUUAAUAAAUUCUCAGUGAGUUUUGGUGGUUCUAA